AUGGGUGAACGCAUUGUCAUCCACGUACCACUUCACUCACCACGAGACCAGAUCUACACUGCUCUGCAAUGCCCUCCAUGUCACCCUUCGCCACACUCACCUCUCAACCCAUCACUCUCAUCGCCUCCUUCAACAUGUACUUGCGGUGCUCACCUUUCACCGUCUCUUCCACCUCUCCACCAACCCGCUGCUGCACACCACCACCACCUCCACCUCCGUUCUCACGCAAUCCACAGCCAACCCAAGACGCCUCUCAUUCCACUCUCCUCCUCCACACCUCCUAACUCGGCUGGCUCUGCUCCUGCUGUCGCUGCUGCUGCUGCCACUACUGCUGUCACCUCAUCACCUCGCCCCCUUUCCCAAAGAUGCAUAAUUUUGAAAUAUACUGUUGCUGAGCUAACUUAUAAAGAGGUGCGCUUGCUUUUGCCGUUUAGCGAUGGCCUCGGCUGCAGCGAGACGUGUAUCAACGAUCCACCCUGCUUUCCCAUUCUCACACCACCUGGAGAUCUACGCAUCCACCAACGAUGCAUCGGAUUUGCCCGCAGUUCUGCCAACUGUGGCUCCGGUUUCACGUCUAUCCUGCUAGGACGACCACAGCAUCGAGAACAGUUGAAUCAGAUCAGCGCCUAUCUUGACGCUUCCAACGUGUACGGAAGUGAGGAUUUCGAGAACUCCCAACUGCGUGACGCCCUUAACGAUGAGGGUCACCACCUACGCUCGUCCACCCAACACUGA